GUGAGUCAUGCUGUGGAAAUGGCAAUAAAUUUUUAUAACCCAAUCCUUGAGUUGUUUUGUUUUUCAUUUACCCAACCUUUUACUCACUCAAAAUUUUGUUUACCCAACCCUUUUCUCUUCGGUGCCACCCCCCGCCCCGCCAUACAUAAUGACCACUCCCUUAUCAAAGAGAAUGUGACGAAACCAAGGUCUAGAUUUGUACAUAAAAAUGUGAAUUACAUUUCAUUGAUGCUUUUUAGCUCCAGACGCGGAUACAAGUAAUCCUUUCUCUGAGUUCAUUAAUCAAGAACUGAGCAAAAGCGACAGACCUGAACUGACGAGUGCCGGUGUGGUUAUUUCUGGAGGUACGACAUCUGAACAUCCAUUUUUACCAUGAACAACACAUUUGAUUUUAAUCUCUUUUGUCCUUUCAGGACGUGGAAUGAAGAACGGUGAAAACUUUCAACUUCUUUAUGAUUUGGCUGAUAAAAUGGGAGCAGCAGGUAUAUAAUAUACAUCUCUGUUUGCAGUGGGUGGGUUUUUGUAUUUGGAAUUUUCGAAUGUAAAUUUCUGUGCACUUUUUUAGACUUGACCAGGGGCGCUUUCCAUUAACACGGCCAGACCGGUCAGAACGGUCAAAUUAUUGAAUGGAACAGAAAACGUUUGGGCUUCGGACCUAUCUGACCGGAAAAUUUAGAUAACAUUAGAAUGAGGUCUAUUUUCGCUAGAUAUUUGAGAAACAUCGACCAGAUCUUUCCAUUGAUACAGAGACAAAAAUUUGGGUCUGACCGGUCAGGCCAAUAAAUGGAAAGUGCCCCAGGAAUAUUAUUGCGGGCCCGCGGGCCUCUGGCAGGAAUCCAACCUGCGGGCCCGCGAUUCCCGUGGAGGGCGAGAGGGCCUGAAGUAGCCUGUGUACUACUGCUGCGUAGGCUUGGCCUAAAGUUGCAUUUUUUGCAACUGCUCCUCGUCAGGUCCAGGUGAACAGAAAUUUACGUUUGAAAAUUCCAUUUACCAAAACCCCCAUCCACUAUUUAUUUACAUCUGAAGAUUGCACUUCCUUUUUAACUAACCAUUGGGUCUGACACAGUCCAUUCGAUCUCACUCCAGACUCAAGACAGAAGUAACUGCAAUUGAAAAUACUUAUAUUCAUUGUUUUAGUUGGUGCUUCUCGGGCAGCAGUUGACGCUGGAUUUGUUCCUAAUGAUAUGCAGAUUGGACAAACUGGAAAAGUCGUAGCUCCAGUAAGUAUAUAUACGAACCAGUGAGCUCUCUAUAUAUGUAUAUCUGGAGCACGAAUUUCAGUUAUUCGGCCUUUAAGAAAAGGGAGCGAAGAUGUCGGCAUUGACGUCCAAUGUCUACAAAGGUUGUAAAUACCAUUUUUCCCAGUCUUCAAUCCCUAACUUGUACGCCCGAGUUUAUCAGUAGAAAUACUGGUUUCAUCUUUACUUUAUCUGAGGUAAAUUUCUAUGGUAUUAAUUUCUAUUGUAUCUUAGGAUUUGUAUAUUGCGGUUGGUAUUUCUGGUGCUAUUCAGCAUUUGGCUGGCAUGAAAGAUAGCAAGGUAUGGUAUGGUAUGGUAUGGUAUGGUAUGGUAUGGUAUGGUAUGGUAUGGUAUGGUAUGGUAUGGUAUGGAAUGGAUACAGUGUGCGGAUACGCGCAAGUAGCGAGUCAAACGAGUACUCGAAGCGCUCGCGAGCCUGCUGUAUGUUACUUGAGGACGGGACUGUACGGUAUAUAUCGAACCCUUUCCAAUUAGCUACUAUAUUAAUUACGAUUUAUUUAUUAUUUGUUGUUAAAUGUUUUGCAAAUUUUGCUCAUAUACUGUAGGUGAUCGUAGCGAUUAAUAAGGACGCAGAGGCUCCUAUCUUCCAAGGUAAAAUCUUUGUUUUACAUUAUUUUGUAUCAACCUUACUUUUCCUGGCAGUAAACUUGUCAUUUCUUUCAAAUAUCAAUUAUAAUAUGCCCUCCCUCAGGAAGUGGGAUGUGUGUUAAUUAACCUUUACUUACAGCUGAGAGCUAAGCUGAAUUACAAAGGACGCAGCUCAACCUGAUCGAGUCGAAGGCUUUCUAAGGGCUCCUCUGACAGCCACCUUAUGACUCAUGUCUGAUCACGGAGUACAGCUACGGUGGAAGGGUCAGUUAAGAGGAUAAUCCCAACCCACCCUGUCAACAUUCCCUGCGGGAGGAAACCCACGACUAUCGGUAGAGCGUUGACUGGCUCGUUUCACAUGAGUCCGUAGCGAUCAUUCUUUAUUUGACCAGCAUUACUACAGGAGGAAAUCGUACUCUGAGAAAAUCUGCACUGUUUGGUAACCCUCCCCUACGAUUGUGGCGAAGUUAAUCAGACCAGUAUCUAUACCGUAAUGAUUUCUUUUUUAUUUUUACAUUUUAUAGUGUCCGACUAUGGACUUGUUGCCGAUUUGUUUAAAGUAAGUUUGCGAUAGCACUGUUUCAUUCUGAAUUUCAGACUGAAGUGUGUUGUACGUGGACGGGUAGCUUGUCUUCCCAAGCGGGAUUAGAAUUCACUCCUGUCAACAUUCUGAUCUGCCGAUUCGCAGUUGUCGAGGAGAAUGGGUCCGAGUUUUAAAGUACACAUGAGGAUUUGGGCCAAUCUCGUUCCCCGAGCCUGCGAUCCUCGGGAAGGAACGCGAGGCUCUGGGAUAAUCCGUUUCAGGAAGGAAUCUGAUUGGCCGUUGAUAUGGAAUGCGCAGUUCAAUCUUAGCCAGGAUUCCUGGCUUCCGGCAACGGAUUAUCCCAGAGCCUCGCGUUCCUUCCUGAGGAUCGCAGGCUCGGGGAACGAGAUUGGAUUUGGGCAUACCUCAUGUAUAGCCAGGGUUUGUGGCUACAAAGUACGAUUGUUUUCGCCAAACUUUAUAACAAUCGUGGAUUUUCGCGUGGACAAAAUACGUAUAAAAACGUCAAUGCAAACUAAGGUCUAACGUCUGAACUAAAUAGCUAUUUGCGUACUCAAACCCAUUUUUUAAUAACUUCUGAGUAAUUCUAUUCUCUCCACGCAUUGUCUCAUCUCAAAAUUUCUCUUCUCUUAUAGGCUGUUCCCGAAUUAACCGAAAAAUUAUGAAAAUAAAUUAAUCAUAAACUUAUAAUAAGAAGCUACACGGGUGAUAUUUUAACAACGAACUACAAUAUAAAACACGGUCUAAUAUUUGAUUGUAAAUAUAAAACCUCAUAUAAUUUUAUCUCAAGAGUUAUGAGUUUACAUCAAUAUACACGAGGCCAUUUUGCUUGUAUGCUUCCGUCUGUCUGUCGUUUUUGAGUAAAAAAAAAUAAUUAAUAUACUCGUGUUUGUCUUUGAGAAAUUGCAGUCUUAUUAAUAUUGUAUGUCUACCGGCAGUUUUAUAUUUGACAGGCUAUUAAAUAUUGUCUGAGUUUAAAAACAGCAUACUGUUUAAGUGUAAUUUGUCGAGUGACAAUAUAACCAAGGGCAUGAAUUAAUAUUUUAUCUGCGUCGACAUUUUAGCAGUGAAAUAAUGCCACUUUUCCGAUCAAUUUAUCAACCUUCGACAGUGUUUUUGAACUCAAUUUUCAAAUUGUGCAAAAAUGAAAAAAAAAUACAAAAUGAAUAAAAAAGUGUAUGAGAUUAGAACAGCUGUAUUGGCUAAUACAUGGCUAAACAUAUACGUGCUAGAUUAUGAGAUCCUGAGAUUUACGACAUUCAGCCUGGUUUAAACUGGAGAUUUUUCGUGAAACGCUGUCUAAGUCAGUCCCUCAAACAUUUCUUACAAAUCCUUUAAAACUUAGAAUUUAGCUAUGCAAAAUUCCUACUGUGAUCACAGAAACUUUGAUAGUCUAAACCAGAAUUAAAACAGCCUUUAUUAAUAAUUGUCUAAAUGUAUUUGUGUAUUGCUGUCUUCUACAAAAUCCUAUAAUAAAGUUUGUAUAGUUCAUGGACUGAAGUAGCUAUCACUGUCGUCGAAGCUCAGUUAAUGC